AUGACUGGUCUGGGGAUUGGUCUGGAGACACUUAAGGCCGGGCAGAUUGCCAUGAUUCUGCUUGCCGUCGGUGAAGUCUUGUGCGCCCACAAGCCAUUUACGGCUGAAAGCAAGACUUAUCUCAUCAAGCGGGACGCCACGAGGCAGGCUAGGAUUGAGGCUCAGGCCAGAGCAGCAGCAGAACCCGUUGGAGCAAACCCUCCUCUUCCCCCUCCUGCAGGUGGUGCUCCAGAUCCUAAUGCCCCUGGCCCUAAUCCAGCGCAGCCUCCUCAGCCUCCUCCCCAGCCAAUUCCCCCCAUGAUAGACUCUGAGAAUGCCACUCCUUCUGCACAAGCAGAUGCAGGCCUGUUUCAAGCUGGUUAG